AUGCUGACGGGCAUCUUCUGGACACAGGUCGACCGAGCGCACUACGCGCCGACCUCGCCCUACAGCGACUCGCCGCAGAGCAUCGGCCACAGCGCCACCAUCUCGGCGCCGCACAUGCACGCCUGCGCCAUCGAGCACCUCCUGCCCUUCAUCCUGCCCACCGACGCCAACCCGGCCCCGCGCGUGCUCGACAUCGGCUCCGGGUCCGGCUACCUGACCCACGUCAUCGCCGAGCUCGUCGGCGAGCGGGGUACGGUCGUGGGUGUGGAGCAUAUUCCGGCCCUGCGCGACCUCGGCGAGCGCAACAUGGGCAAGAGCGAGGAGGGCAGGGCGUUCCUGGCGUCCGGCAGGGUCAAGUUCCGCGUCGGCGACGGCCGCAAGGGGUGGGUCGAGCCCGACGCCGAUAUCCGGCCCGUCGAGGCCGGCGUCGUGGAGCAGAGGGGCAAGGGGUGGGACGCCAUCCACGUCGGCGCCUCGGCGAGCGAGCUGCACGCCGAGCUGGUCGACCAGCUGCGGGCGCCGGGCCGGAUGUUCAUCCCCGUCGACGACGACGCCUCUGGUAUUGCCAGCGCGCUGGACAUCGGCGGAUAUCAGCACGUCUGGACGAUCGACAAGGACGAGAACGGCGAGGUCACCAAGAAGAAGCUGUUUGGGGUGCGGUAUGUACCGCUGGUCGCGCCGAAGGCUUAG